UUAGUCAUAAGCCUAUUCUUUAUGCAAAGUAUUCCGAAUUUGGAUCUCAGUCUCGGAUGGAUUGCAAUAUUGGGCGCUAUAUUGCUGUUAAUUUUGGCCGAUUUCGAUGAACUCGAAAGUGUCAUAUCGCGGGUCGAGUGGUCGACACUCAUCUUCUUCGCGGCUCUGUUUGUGGUGAUGGAGGCGUUGGCGGAGUUGAAGUUCUUGUGGUGGAUCGGGAAGUUGACUCAGGAUCUGAUCAAUUCGGUGCACGAAGACAAUCGCCUGAUUGUCGCUAUACUAGUAUUCCUGUGGGUGUCGGCGCUGGCCUCGAGUUUUAUCGAUAACAUUCCCUUCACGACAGUUAUGGUGAAAAUAAUCGAGGAUUUGGCCGAUAAUAAUGAAUUUCACGUCCCGUUAACACCACUCAUAUAUGCGCUCGCAUUCGGUGCCUGUUUAGGGGGGAACGGUACGCUAAUAGGCGCGUCAGCGAACGUGGUCUGUGCGGGUGUGGCCGAACAACACGGCUAUCGAUUCACUUUUAUGGACUUUUUUAAGUAUGUAUCGAAAUAUCAUUUGUUUAUACGAAGU